AUGUCGCAACGGCUUAAGAGAUGUCUACUAUCGAUCAAGAAUGCCAAUUUCAAGACAAGUCCCUCUAAGCAAGUGCCGUUUGUAUUUCAAACUGCGGUGGAUAAUUUUCAAAUUACAACUCAAGCAGGCACGGAUGCAGAGCGGAACUCAUUUCUGUCGUGGAUAAUUACCGGGCCACUCAAAUCCACAAUGUUGAAAGUUAUAGCAGGUAAAUAUAUUUCCGUGCCGCCACUUGCACGGUCAUACCCCGGGAUAAAUGACCCGGCAACGCAAUUGCAAUUUCUCGAUUUUAAAGAACAAUCUGGGUUAGAAAGCGUUCACAUGUCAGCAAGAUACGAGUCUUAUUCUUUUAAAGGAGCUUUGGAAAUGAGCGACGAUGUCAAUUCGGUCUUCAACUAUAUUACGGGGCUCAAUAACUAUAAUAGCCAACACAAGACCCUCGAUAGGGCCUAUAUUGAGCAGUUGUUGAACUUACUAAAUGUGACUCAUCUACAGCACAAGUGGAUCAAUUCAUUGAGUAACGGACAAAUAAGAAGAGCUCGAAUUGCGAAAUCCUUGGUCCAUAAACCGUCGUUGUUGGUAAUUGAUGAUCCCUUUUUGGGUUUAGAUCCUUCAAACACGGUAAAAGUUAAUGAUGCUUUGGCCAAAAUCCACGAGAAUCUAGAUACUAGCAUUGUAUUGGGGCUAAGAACUCAAGAUGAGCGUCCAAACUGGGUACAAGGUUUAGGGUAUGCGGAUGAGUCUGGACUAAGCUGUAGUGGCAACAACACAAUUGAGACAAAUGCCGGCCAGUCCAUGCAGUGGCAAGAGCCCAAGUCUUUUCCCACGACAAAGCAAGCAGAACCCAACUUGGUUCUCUCUAGCGCAAGUGAGUUUGACAAUGUUGACGAGCCACACAUAGAGUUUAACAAUGCAAGAGUGGCGUAUAAAGGGUUGACGAUUAUUGACAAUUUCAACUGGCUCAUCCCCAGGGCAAGUAAAUGGAGAAUCAUGGGCGAUAACGGGACAGGUAAAACAACAAUUCUUUCCUUAAUAACUGCAGAUCACCCACAAAGUUGGAGAUCGGUGUUGAAAAUCAAUGGCUUGUUGAGACAAACGGGUAAAGGUAUAACAUUUUUCGAUGUCAACAACCAAAUCGGUAUCAGCUCCCCCGAGUUGCACGCCUUGGUUCCCCAGCACAAAAUGACCAUGAUGGAUGUGAUUCAGAAUGGACUCAUUGGCGAUAUUGGCAAUUCCAAUUUCUUGUACAACUUCAACCCCGAGAAAGUCGGCCAUGAGGCAAUGCAAAGGUUUGAUUCCGUUACAAAUCAUUUUAGAGAUAGAAUUGGAGCCAAUGGUGAUGUCAAAUUUGCCGACUUAACCAUGACCGAUCAAAAAUUGGCCUUGUUCUUGAGGGCCAUAGUAAAAAAUCCCGACAUUUUAAUACUUGAUGAAGCGUUUUCAUGCAUGGAAGAUGAAGAUACCAUGGUCAAAUGCCACGAGCUUUUGAAUAGCGAUCCAAUAUUGAAAAAGACAACUGUUUUAGCAAUCGGCCAUCUUGGAUGGGAAUUGCCAAAGUAUGAUUACAUGAUUAAAUUACUUGGUGAUGAGGAUAGAAAUUACGAGAUAUACAAAGUAGCGGCAAAGUAA